AUGAAGUAGAGUGACGCUCGUUAAUAGUGUAAUAAUAAACCCUUAUUAUCUCUAAAACAAAACUACUUUUGUUUUUUGUGUGCUAGUGUUUGUUGCGAAAAAACAGCUCUCUGUUUUGCUUUUGUUUCUUCGUGAAAAUGAAACAAAUGAGAUUUGAUUUGGAAAACAAAAACCCAUUUUCAUUUUCAUUUUCAUCAUCACCACCAACUCAGAAACGCAGUCUUGUUGUGAAAUUUGCUGUGUGUUUUCUCUUAUUGGGUCUCGCUUUUCGCCUAUUUUCUUCAAGCUUUGUUCAGUUCUCACCGGAGACUACUACUACGGAUCCAUCACUUGCUCUGGAAGAGAAGACAUUGCCUCCUCCGGCUGAUCUGGUUUCCGGUCACUUUCCGGUGAAUGAAACUCAAGAUUCUCAAAAUGUCACAACUGAAUGCGAUAUAUUUACCGGACAUUGGAUUCCAGAUCCGUCCGGUCCAUAUUACACUAACCAGAGCUGCCGCGACAUUGAAGCUCAUCAAAAUUGUAUGAAAAAUGGCCGCCCUGACUCGGAGUAUCUCUACUGGAGGUGGAAGCCACGGGACUGCGAGUUGCCCAAGUUCGAUCCAAAGAGGUUUCUAAAUUUGAUGCGAAAUAAAUCAUGGGCCUUCAUCGGUGAUUCAAUUUCACGCAAUCAUGUUCAAUCUUUGCUUUGCACUUUGUCACAGGUGGAAGAAGCAAUUGAGGUCUACCACGACAAGGAGUACAAAUCUAAAAGAUGGCAUUUCCCUUCUCAUAACUUUACUCUUUCAGUAAUUUGGACCCCGUUCCUUGUAAAAGCCGCUAUUUUCGAAGACAUUAACGGGGUUUCAUCAGCUGCCAUUCAACUACAUCUUGACAAACUCGACACGUUAUGGACCAAACAAUACAAGAAUUUUGAUUAUGUAAUAAUUGCCGGGGGGAAAUGGUUUCUUAAAACCGCGAUCUAUUAUGAGAACAACACAAUCCAAGGUUGCCAUUAUUGCCCCAGUAAAAACCUAACAGAGUUAGGACUUGACUACUCCUAUCGCAAAGCCUUAAAAUUUAUUUUCAAAUUCAUCACGAGUUCAAAACACAAAGCACAUGUAUUCUUUAGAACUGCCACGCCGGAUCACUUUGAGAACGGAGAAUGGUUUAGCGGGGGUUAUUGCAAUAGAACCACGCCAUUUGAAGAAGGCGAGGUUGCACUAGACAACAUUGACACGACAAUGCAUAACAUUGAGUUAGAAGAGUUUGAGGAGGUAGUGGCCAUGGGGUCUGCACAGGGGAUGAGUUUGAAACUAUUGGACACAACGCGUCUUUCGUUGUUGAGACCAGAUGGGCACCCGGGGGUAUAUAGGCAAUUCCAGCCCUUUGCCGCGGAUAAAAAUGCUAAAGUUCAAAAUGAUUGUCUGCAUUGGUGCUUGCCUGGCCCGAUAGAUUCAUGGAAUGAACUAGUGAUGAAAAUGUUGUUAAGUGCUUGAGAAUUACGAUUUUGGAUUAUUGUGAUCUUAAUGAUCGAGAAAAAUAAAGGCGAGUCUGACAGUGGCGGCUAGAAUUACUGCCAGAAAAUACCGGUCUGGUACUGAAGAAUGAAAAUGGAAGCAGAGGGCUACUUAUUUCUGAAUUAUGCAUUAUACCAAUGUUUUGCAUUUCACACACACAGGAGUGAAUAUCAGAAAACAGAUUGACUGGAUAUAGAGGGACAUUAAUUGUUACUCUUUGUAAGAGAGUAUGGUGAUUAGAUUUCACUUUUGACGUUCUUGUAACUUCAAGCAUGUCCAUGUUUUUUUUUUUUUGAGAAUGAAAUGAUACUUUUUGUGUGA